AAAGAAAAGCACCUUAGAAUACGGACAGCAACAAAUAGCCCUGCCACAAAAUCUGACGGCAUCCCAUUAAUAGCUUUACUUUUCUUCUAAAUUAUUUUCUCGAGAAAAUUCUGAAAAUUUUAAUCAUUUCCGUCCGGAAACUCACUCUCGUCACCGGUCUCCUUUAGAUUUCCCAAUCUUAGCCCCUACUCAGUUCAUCAGAAAUGCAAAACCCUCGGAUUUUUCUUCAGCUGUGGAGUUAAUGUGAGACUGAUACCUUUUGGGAACAUCCUUGAGAUUGGAAACCUAAGACUCCUUGAAAUCCUAAAUAGGGAUUUUGUCGGUGUCUAAAAUGGAUGACGCUCAGAACCCUUGUGAUAAAACCCUAGAAGAAGUUUAUGGGUUGUCAGUUUUGAGUGAGAAGUGUUCUGGGCUAGUUUCAGAUUCUGAGGUAUCAGUUACAGCAAAUGGUGCUGAUUGUGAUACUAAUGCUAAAGGUAUGGCAGUGGGCAAUGUGGAAGUUGCGGUCGAUAUUGAAAAAGGAAUCAAAGGUAUUGAAGAUGCUGCUGCAGAAAGUUGGUUCAAAGAAGAUUGCUUGGAAUCUGAUUUUGAGGGAGAAAGUGUAGUGGUACCAAAUAGCACUGGAAUAGAAAAUGAGGAUGUAUCAGUUCCAGAAGGGGGUUUAGCAGUCAAUGAGAGCAACGAGAUCGUGAUCGAAAAUGUUUUAAUGGAGGAGGGUAGAAAAGAAGGAAAGGCAACACAACUGGAUGGGGUGGAAUCAGCUAGGAAGAUAGAAGUUUCUGGAAAUAUUUCUUUAUUUGUUGAAGUUUUCGGUCCGAUAAAUGGAAUUAUACAAAGUGAUGAAGCAAAGCCUGGGGAACAAGUGCUGCAAGGGGGUUGUUUUGGUCAAGAAAACUCGUGCAAAAGAGACAGGGUUUUGUUGUAUGAUAAUGGGAAAAACCCGAGUGCCAAUAUUUCUGAAAUUCAUGUGAUGAAAAACUUCUCCAUGGAUGGGGAAGCAAAGGGAGGGAAUGAAGGGGAGGAAGAGGCUAUUGCUAAUAAAAAAUGCAAGUUCUCAAUAGGUGAUAUUGUAUGGGUUGAAACCAAAACUCAGUCUUGGUGGCCUGGAGUGAUUUAUGAUUCUUCAGAUGCAUCAAAGGAUGCUGCAAAGUCCGACCAGAGGGACUGCCUCCCAGUUAGAUGCUUUGGAAAUGGUGGUUCUUUGUGGUGCUCCCCAUCUCAGUUGAAGCCCUUCAUUGAGAACUUUGAACAGAUUUCGAGGCAAAUCAGCUCUAGAAUCUUCCUUGGUGCGGUAGAGAAGGCGGUGGAUGAGAUUGGUCGACGUGUAAAAUUGGAGAUGUCUUGUUCUUGUAUGUUGAAAGAAAGUCAAACCACGCUUGGAAAUGCUGGAACAGAGGAAGGUGAGUUAAUUCGAGACUGCCAAACUGGUUUACUCAAUGGAAAUAUGGUUACUCAGUUUGAACCUAAAAAUUUUCUUGCAUAUGUAAGAUCUCUUGCCCAGCAUAUAUCUAUGCCUGGUAUGCUUGAGUUUACUGUCAUCCAAAAUCAUUUGUCAGCCUUCCUUCAAGCUGUAGGGCAUUGCCAGCUGCCUAUAAGUCAACUGUGCAGUUCAACUGAUGCUAAAGACAGUGACGAAGAUGGGUUUGGCAGAUCUUCCCAGUUUGCAUCAGGGAAGCAAUCUGAGAGUUCAACGGAUACAGUCUUAGAGCAGAAGCAUGAAGACCUAACUAAGCUUUCUGGUGAGGAGAAGGAUGUUUUGCCGGAGAAAUGUGGGAGUGAUGUUACCGAAGAGGGGACUAACUCAAGUGAACCAGCGUUAAAAUCUAGGAACAGAGCAAGGAACAAGGAUGCUAAAUCUAGACGCGGAAGUGAUGAAGCUGCAGAUCUUAAUGUCUGUAAAUUGGCUUCUCCAUCUGCGGAGGAGAUGACCAGCCUCUCAGUAUCUCCAACAAAAGCAGAGAGCAAAUUCAGUGUAGAAAAUGGUGAUGGGGGAAUUGAAGGGAAGUCUGAAAAGGGCUGCUAUGAAUCAAGAGAAAGAAAAAAGAGCAAGUAUUUGUCACCUCCAUAUGUAAAACUAAAAUGGGGUCGCAAAGGCUCUCCCAUUCCAGAAGAAGAUGAAACGGAAGACUGCAAGGAAGUUUCUCAUUCAGGACUGGCCAAGAUUGGCACUGCUGGCCAGUCUAUGAGGUCCCCUCCAAUUGUCAAGUGUAGUGGCGAGAAGUUACAGAAGAAGUCGUCCAGGAAAGCCAUUUCUGGGCAUAAUACAUCUGAUAAAAUUAAGAGAAUCAGUACGUCUUCGGCUGAAAUGCUCUCUGAACUUCGUUUUGCUGCUUUGGAUUGCCUCUAUCCUAAUGAAAACAGAGAAUUUGCUUCAGUUGAGAUAUUUUUUAAUGGGUUCAGAAGAUUGUCGUUUCAUAGUGAUCCUUACUAUGAAAUGGAAAAGCAUACGGUUGAUCAGAAAUCUAACAAUGAGAUUCAUAUUCGCCAGACCUUAUGUGGAGGUGAAGUUCGGGAGGGGAGGGGAAAAGAAAUGGAAGAAGCAACUGUUGAACAUUGGAGAACCGAACUUUCCACUGGUGCAUCAGAUGUGAAUAAAAAUGCUAACUAUCCUGGUGCAGUAGGAAAAGAUCCUCGGGAGAUCAGCAACCCCUUAUCAGUUGGUAAACUGAAAAGGAGGGUGAAAAGGAAGAAGGGAGAAUCAGCCGUGGGUUUGCAGACUAACUCUACUCCUGGCUUAGCAGAUAUGAACAAGAACAUUACUACAAGUGGCUCGGUGGUAAUAGAUUUCCAGGCGAUGAACUGUCUUGCUCCCCAAAGUACACCAACACUGAAGAAGAGAAAGAAGAAAGCUGGAGUGAUUCCAGAGCUUCUGCAGGAUAAUAAAAUGCCUAGCAGGCUGGAUUUGAAUGGAAACAGUCCAAUACCAAGCUCUUUGGCAGAAAAUUCACAGGUCAUGGGUCCCAUUGCACCUCAAGAUAAACUUAAGCCAAAGAAGAAAAAAAGGAAGGAUGGAACUGCUUCAGUGCGUUCUAGGACUAAAAGUAUUUUUCACUUAUCAGAUAUCAGAAACCAAACAACACUUGGCUUGUUAAAAGAUGUGCCAGUGAUUGGUUCAUAUUCACUCCAAGGUGUCCCUGAGCUGAUUAAUACGGAGGGGAUGGAAGGAGCCGCUUCACUGCAUCAGAAUACUGAACUUAGGGCUAGCCAACCAGCCACUUCACUGCAUCAGAAUACUGAACUUACGGCUAGCCAACCAGCCGCUUCACUGCAUCAGAAUACUGAACUUACGGCUAGCCAACCAGCUGCAUCACUGCAUCUGAAUACUGACCUUACGGCUAGCCUACCGGCUGCUUCACUGCAUCUGAACAGUGAACUUGUGGCUAGCCAACCAGAUGUUAAUGUGAAGAAUGCUGAAAGCAGCUCUUUGGUGAAUGAUCCAAAACUAUUUGGCCUUCUCUCUCCUGGUGCCAAGCCUGAGCCUAAGAAGCGAAAGAGAAAGGAGAAAACAUCAUUAGACUCUCUGAAGACUAAAGUUUCUUCUGCCAUACCAGAUUUGAAUGGGAAUGCUACUGAUCCCAAUUUAUUAGGGAAAGAUUUGCCAGAGCUGAACUCCAUCACAGCCAAUGGUAAACCCCAGCGUAAGAGGAGAAGGAGAAAUAAACCUUUUUCUGGGGUACCAGAUAUCAGUGUUAAUAAUUAUAAUGUGCAGACUAUUGGAGAAUCUUUGGGGACCAUUCUUCUCCUGAAGUUUGCCCCGGGAUCUCCAAUGCCAACAAAAGCAGCUCUUCUUGCAACAUUUGGCGGUUUUGGGCCGUUGAAGGAAUCAGAAACACAGGUUUUGAAUGAUUCUGUUAGUGCCCAGGUUGUCUUCAUAAAGAGUGCUGAUGCUGGAGAAGCCUUUCGGAGUUUAGAAAAGAGUAGCCCUUUUGGACCAGCCCUUGUCAGCUACCGACUUCAUAAAGAUUUGGAAUCAGAUACUAAUUCGCCUCUGGCCUUGCAGCCCAUUGAGGGAUUCAAGUCCCCAGCAAAGCCAUCUAGUUUGAAACCUCACCAAGGCGAGGCACCUGACCUUUUCCUUAUAAAACAGAAUCUUCAGAUGAUGACGUCAAUGCUGGAGAAGGCAGGCGAUAAUCUUUCGCCAGAGAUGAGAACCAAUUUGGAGAAUGAGAUUAAGGGCCUCCUGAAGAAGGUGAGCACCAUGGUCGGUCCGUCUUCCUCCUCUUAGUUCCAUAUGUUGUUAUCUAUGAAUCUUUCUGUUUAGGCUGCCUGUAAUGUUAACUUUUUGGUAGACUCGGGUUGUUUCGAGUCCCUGCUCUUUUUCUUGUAUCAGCUGACAUUCUCUCUCUUCUUGUGUUCCAAAUGUUGAUGUAGAACUGGGAACCUUUGUAGUUAAUUGCUUUUGAGAGGGCAUAACGAGCAAUGUGUUUGAUUAGGAGCUACAUGUAUUUUUACCAAUUGCAAUUGAGCCAAGAUUAAUCAGUUUGGCUUUGCCAGUCUGAUAAAUUAUUGCUGGUUUAACAAA